AUGUCGCCUCAACGAUACAACUACACUGGGCCUGUAGACUGCAGCAUCAUCCCAGACAAGUCACAGUGCAAAGGGAAAAGCGUGAUUGUAACUGGAGGUGCCAACGGCUUGGGAGAAGCAUAUGUCCGGGCGUUUGUGGACGCAGGGGCUUUUGUUACCUUCUGUGAUAUCAACAAGGUAAAAGGAGAAGCUGUUGAGUCAGAAUUGACCUCAUUGUUCGAAGCAGCCGUAGCGAAAUCCCCUAGCCAAAGCGUGGAUAUUGUCAUUGCGAAUGCUGGAGUUGGCAGAGGUUCUGGAGACCCCAUGAUGCAAUUGGAAGAUCCCUUUGUGACGCCCACGAAACCAAGCACACAUAUCAUCGACAUUAACUUGGUUGGUGCUCUAUACACUUUCAAAUUGGCCGUGCAUUACUUCCGGCGGAGUCCGCAAGACAAUGAGCGGGACCGGUGUUUCAUCUUUAUUGGGAGUCUUGCUGGUUUUGUUGACAAUUUAGGGAGUUGGGAGUAUUCGGCCGCGAAGUUUGGCCUUCGGGGUUUCAUGAGAGCUGUCCGAUGGAAUUCGCAUAAUCAGGGCAUUCGAGUUGCUUAUGUCGCCCCUUCCUAUGUCCGGACUGUCAUACAGUCCGCCGAGACCUACGAAGGUAUGCGGCGAAAAGGGAUCGAGUUCGCCACUCCUGAGAGCUGUGUCGCGGCUAUAAUGAGAAUCUCAUGUGACAAAGGGAUAAAUGGACACUCAUUCGUGGUCGUGCCAUAUUCUGUGGCAAAGGAGGGAUUUAAGGAUGCGGAGGAAGACGAUUGGACUGAUGAGAAUUAUUGGUUGCAGAAGUUCCAGAGGACAGUGGUAAAUGUAAGAGGCGACUCAUGGGAUUGA